GCUUGUUGUGUUACUCUAUAUGGAUAUAGUAUGCGUCCUAUUAUGUUACAUAUUCUCAUUAGAUGCAUGGAAUACGUACCUAAAUUAACAAUCCUCAUAUUAUCUUUAUUUAAUGUAUUUAUAUUGUUUAAAAAAGGUCUCUCGGUCAUAGAAUGAUCUCACCAUCUUGGCAGCCUCGUCACCAUAACCGAUAUUUCUGAUAGUUGGGUGUUGGUGCACCCAGUCGAGAUUGAGGAUGAGUGUGCUGAUAAGGGGGGAGGACGUAGUCCUCACCGUCAAUAACAAUCCAUCGCAGGCCUCAAAUGAAUGAUAUAUACCUUGUCACUGGUUAUCUCUCUGGUCCAACCAUUGAUUCUUUCCUCGGGUAUUCUCCUUUAUCACAAAGAUGGCUUCUAGUGCAUCUCUCAAUGAUACAGCAAUCGAGGCCAUUAGAAGGGGUCCGGCUUUAGAACCUCCUCCUGGGACUGAACCCAACUUCAUUGACCCGCCUAACAAUAAUAAACUAGCUGUUGCAGUAAUUUCCGUGUGUUCAACUCUAUCUAUCCUAUUUUACCUAGCCCGGAUUUAUACGAGAAUAUUCUAUAUGAAAAAAGCCAGACUUGAAGAUUAUAUCGGGCUUGUUGCACUUCCAUUUCUCGUUGCUGGAGCAGCAAAAUUCGCCGCCAUGACAAUUUCAAGUCCUGGUUUGUUCGUGAGACAGUGGAAUAUGCGAGUGAUCGAUCUCGAAGGAUUCAUUUAUUCUUACAUUGUCGUGACUAUUCAAUACUGCGUUACUCUCGCCUUGGUCAAGGUAGCUAUAAUCUUGGAAUGGAUUCACUUCUUUGUUCCGAGAGCCACUCGCAACACCUUUUACUGGAUUUGCUAUGGCAUGAUCGUCGCCAACUGCUGUCUAUACCUUGCGACAGUCCUUUGUAUCAAUUACGCAUGCACACCACGAGAAAAGAUCUGGCGCCGAUAUCUCCCAGGGACAUGUAUCAAUACCGUCAUCUUUAACGUCGUUAUCACAUCCAUUCACCUAGUCUUCGAUAUCCUCAUGCUGUUGGUCCCACAUAGGAUUAUCUGGAAGUUAUCAUUGUCAUCUCGACAGAGGAUUGGAAUUUCAGCAAUUUUCUCAGUAGGCAUCAUGACUUGUGUGUGCGCUGCAGGCCGUGUUGCUUCUUCAGUUAAUAUGAUCUAUUCUACUGACCUUACCUACGAUUACUCUGGAUACCUAGUCUGGGGCUUGGCUGAAUGUGCAACAGCAGGAUUAAUAUUCUGUGUCCCGGCAAUCCCUGUCUUGUUCCGUUACCGAUUUCAGUUGCCGAGUAUUGGUCUCCGAUUUCGAGAUAAGAUGGGCACAAUAUUCUCACAACAUCCCUCUACGACUAGCUCUCAACUUCCUUCAAGACCUAAAACAAAUCAUCGAAGCGCGCCCCCUGACGUAGCCCCUUGGAUAGAUGUGGAUAGUGUGGCAAAUCUCACUGAAUUGGAGCCUGUAAGAACACGGAGCGGCGAGGGAAAUGAUCAACUCCAGGAGGAAGGAUUCAUAUCUCAUUCUGAGGGAGGAAUACUUAGGACCACGGAAAUUGCCAUCACUACUAGUGAAAACCCGGAUAUAAAGAGCCCUCAUCGCCGGGGUCCCCACCAACCUUGGUUGGACUGCGACUCUUCUGAUUGAUGAGAUAGGUGCUUGGAGGUUAGAUAUGAUCGAAAUAGUGCAUCGGAGACAUCUUCCCUACGGUCUUUCAUAAUACCCUUUAAUAUAUCAUUUUGAUUCUUGCUUUAACUUGAAUUCUAUCUGUUGUAGUCCAUAGGAUUACAAGCAUGACCAAGCCUUUGAGUUAAAUAACUCCAAUGGUCCCGAUAUUCGUA